AUGAACAGUCUUUUCUCAAGUCCAAUGUCAAUUGCUGACAUUAGUGAUUUAUUCGGAAAACUUGAUAAGAAUCAUAAUGGUCUUGUAUCACAAAAAGAAAUUAAGGCUUAUCUAAAGUCAAAUUCUACUAAAUAUAACAAUAAGGAGGUUAGGGAAUUCGUUAGCAAAAUUGAUGACAACUCGGACGGUCAAAUUAGUUUGGAAGAACUGACUAAAGCUUUAUCAGGAAAUUUAGAUAUUUCCAAAGUGUGUCAUCUAAAGCCACGAUAA